AUGACCAAAGACGACCGCAGUCCCGAGGUGUUCGCUAUUGCUGGACUAUUCUUCGUGCUGACCUGGACAACUGUCUUGCUACGGAUCUACGUACGCGCGGUCCUGAUGAAGACAUGGGGAAAAGAUGACUCGUACAUGGUUGCCUCACUAUUGACGUUCACCAUAUAUCUCCCAUGUCAGAUCAUUGCCGCGAUGCACGGAACCGGACGCCACCGAUGGGAAUUGAGUGAUAGUGAUGCGAAGACAGCACUCUUGUUCUGGUACCUGUGCGAGCUGUUCUACGUAAUAGCGAACUGCCUGCUCAAAUUUGCCAUCGGCUACUUCUACCUGCGGGUCGCGAUUGAGCGCUGGCACAUCUGGGCCAUCAGAAUACUCAUGCUAGGCACUGUACUAUGCGGUCUUGUCUACUUCUUUCUAGUCUUGCUUCAGUGCAUUCCUAUUUCUGAUUUUUGGAAUGUGCAUCCCGCCUCAGCCAGAUGCAUACAUAAUGGGCCAACUCUGGCCAUUACCUAUGCCCUCGCCGCCAUCAACGCAAUCGCUGAUUGGGCAUUCGGCUUGCUACCUUUUUUCAUCGUCUGGGGGUUAGAGAUGAGGACCAAGACAAAGCUAUUGGUAGCAGGUAUCCUUGCAUUCGCAGCGAUUGGAAGCACCGGUACAGCCAUCCGUAUGGCAUACAUUCAUACACUCGUUCAAGGCCCCGACUUCUUAUAUGCCACAACCGAUGUCGCCUUGUGGAGCACUAUUGAACCUGGAAUCGGCAUUACCGCAGGGAGCAUCGCUACACUCCGCCCGCUCGUUCGCCACUGUCUAUGGAAGAUGGGUCUGGCCGACGCACCUCGUGAAGAACGAGGUCGCAACUACUAUCCUUCAGAAGAAGGUGGCCGUAAACGCAAACAUCGCCGCGGAUAUCGCCGCAGCUUGAGCCCUUCUGAUCUGGUGCCUACAGUUCCGGGCAAUAUGACCACCGUACAGAUCCACGGACCCCAAGACAUAGACCUUGAAGAGAACUUGUCUCCACCGAAAACCGUCAUCACAGACUGGGACGUCCCGGAAACCCCGGAAACCCCGGAGGGUCAGAUCAUACAUACUGUCACGGUUCAGCAACAAUACGAAGGCCUUGCGAGGCUUCCUGAGGCACCCCCGAGGCUCCAGUUGCGCGAUAGCCUCAGACACAGUUUCACUCGCGGGAGUAUUCUGAGCCUUGGCAAGUUCCGCGUACCUUAG